AGCACCUGCGAGGAAGAUGAUCCUUGCAAGGAGAAUGAAACUUGUGUUGUUGACUACAAAUCGAACACUCAUGUUUGUAAGUGUAUUAGAGAUUGCCCCAAGAACUGUCUUGACUAUGAUCAAAAUGGUUCCAAAAUCGACGGUGUGUACUGGGUUUACCCUGAUGAAGAAGAACCUUUUCAAGUGCUGUGUGACAUGACAUCUGAUGAUGGAGGAUGGACCAUCUUUCAAAGGCGCAUGGAUGGCUCCGUAGACUUUUAUGUCGACUGGGAAUCAUACAAAAGAGGCUUUGGAAAUCUGGAGGGCGAGUUUUGGCUCGGAAACGAUUAUCUUCACCGUUUGACUGCAUCUGCCAGCAUGGUGUUUCGAAUUGAUAUGGAGGAUUACGAAGGCGGCCGACGAUUUGCCGAGUACACGACUUUCGCUGUGGCCCAUGAAAGCGAUGAUUAUCGGGUGACGAUCGACGGGUAUCGAGGCACUGCAGGCAACGCACUGGUACCAGCUGUCGGAAAUGCUAUCAGGUUUAAAUAUGUCUUGAGCUUCACAACCAGGGACAGAGACAACGACGUUCAGCAAGAUGGAAACUGUGCAGUGGCAUUUAGAGGUGGCUGGUGGUAUAGUGCCUGCCAUGUCGCAAAUCCAAAUGGCUUGUACCAAGGUGGAAGUCGCGCACAAGGAAUUACGUGGGCACCAUUUCGAGGACAAGAUUAUUCGUUAAAACACAUCGAGAUCAAACUUCGACCAGUAUGA